AUGACUUUAGUUCGAUCCUGUGUUAAACAGGGGAAAUUUCCCAUACGAUUAAGUCGAAUAAACUAUACCACCAAGUCUAAGAAUGAUACUGAUACUACCAAUGUUAAAAAAUCAACCGGAAGAUUCCAUAAUCGAUUAGAUAAGUUUUACCAAAAGUUCGAAUACAAGAACCUUAAUCCUUUUGAUACCCAUAUUGAAAAUGUUCCAAAUUUAAGAGAAUUCACUUCCAAUGCUAACCAUAAAGUAAAUUUGAAGAUAUUUAACCAAUUGAAACCAGUGACUCCCAAUGAUUCAUUUGUUAGUUGUACAAUUUUUGAUACUAAAGGGAAUAAUAUCGGCAUAUCGAAGAAAUUCCCAAAGAUGCAGUUUUUAAGAGAACAUAAUUUAUAUCCUAGAGAUUUAAGAAAGGUAGAUACUUCAGCUAUUGAUGUGGCUCCUCAGAUCAUGACUAGACCUCCCACCACCAUCCUUAUCAAUUUGUUACAUAUCAAAGCUUUAAUCAAACCCGAUAAAGUCAUGAUCUUCGAUACUUCCACGCCUGAAGUGGCUACUAAGCUAGGACUUUUCAUCUAUGAUUUGGAACUGAAAUUGAAGAUCAAUAACAAUGUUCCCUUCGAAUUCAAGGUUAUUGAAAGUAUUCUCAUCAAUAUUAUGGGAUACUUAGAAGCUGAAUUAAAGACUCACAUUGAAAAUUGUGGGAGUAUUUUAUCCGAUUUGGAAAAUCAAGUGGAUAGAAAGAAAUUACAAGAUUUGUUAAUUAAAUCCAAAGCAUUACAAACUUAUUAUCAAAAGGUGUUGUUGAUCAAAGAUGUUUUAGAUGAUUUGUUAGAUAAUGACGAAGAUAUGAGCGAUAUGUAUUUGACUUCCAAGCCAAAGUUGGACAAGUUGAAUCAACCCGAUUUAGUUGAUUUAGAAAAUAUUUUGGAAGCUUAUUAUUCCCAAUGUGAUGAAUUUGUUCAACAUUCAGGAUCUUUGGUCAAUGAUAUUAAAUCAACUGAAGAUAUUGUUAAUAUUAUUUUGGAUGCCAAUAGAAAUGAAUUGAUGUUAUUUGAAUUAAAAGUGUCGAUUUACACCUUAGGUAUUACUGUAGCUACUUUAAUUCCAGCUUUCUAUGGUAUGAAUCUUAAAAAUUUUAUUGAAGAUUCCAACGUAGGGUUUGGAUUAAUUGUUUUAUUUUCAGUAGUUCAAGGUAUUUUAUUGACAAAGUUCAAUAUGACAACUUUGAAGAAAGUUCAAACUUUAACUAUGGGUGGUAGAGACAAUCGUCAAAUAUUAGCCAAAUCAAUGGCAUUAAGAGCAAAGGAAAGACGAUUAAGAUUUUGGCAUUGGCAUAAAUGGCAUUGGCACAGAUUGUAUUGGCAUAAAUAUUGGUGGCAUUGGAAAGGAAAUAAAUACCAUCAUCCAACUGUAAGAGAAAGAUCAACCAUGUGGAAAAUGCUUAAUGAUAAUAGACGUAAAUAA